AACAACAUCGAAAAUAACAGACUGAAUAUCAGCUGUUUGUCGACGACUUGUUAUUAGGUAAUUAAAAUAAAAUAUAAUUUUAUUCUUAAAUUAAUAUAUAAACUUAAUUCAUUCUAGUCAAUGUCGUUCAUCAUCAUUUCAUAUUCUUACACCAACUCGUCCAGCUGUACAAUUAAAUUGUUCAAACUUAUUAUUUGCUCCUUAUAAUACAUCCUAUAUUAAACUACCAGAACAUAUGAAAAAAACAGGAUUAUGUAAAGAUUUAAAUUUAUGGAAUAAACCACUCAUUACAUAUCCAGCACAUAUGUUUAAUAAACACUCGUGUACCAUUAUCUUGAGAAAGUCACGAGAUUGUUUUAUUCCAUGUUUUAUUCCUAUUGAAUAUGAAAAUGCUCUUGAUAAACGUCAAAAAUCGAUAUCAUUAUUAGCAAAUGAAAUAACGGAUGCCCAAUUAAACUAA